UGUUAACCCGUACUGCUAAACAGUAAUGCAUAAUAUCAUUAUGAAAUAUCAAACCAAUGCCAACGUCAGUCCGUAAUUAGUCUUAUAUUGACUUAAGUAAUAGAAUAACAGUCAAAGAAUGUACACAUUCAAAGUUGCUCAAAUAUAGAGUAAGCCUACUCUCCCUUCCCAGAAAUAAUGCAAGCUAACAGCAUCCCAAGUAGCCCUGAAAUGGGAACACCACGGAGGGCCUGCAGCAGUCUGACUGAAAUCGGCUCAAAGGUGUUGACUGGGCGAUCCUUGUGUGUGCGUGAACUAGAGACGAAAAAUGCUCAGCUUCGGAGGAAAGUGAGCUCUGUGGAAGAGGAAAAGGACUGUUUGCAGCUGGAGAAUAAACAUCUGAUCAACGAGAUGGAGGCCAUACAGCUUGAGCUGGCCAGCUACAAAACCAAAGUGAGUGUGCUGGGCUCUGCGGUGGAGACCAAAUCAUCCAGUGCCUCUCUGAUGAAAGAACAAAUAGAGGCCAUGGAAAAUGAAAUAGAGUCCCAUAGGUCUGAACUCAGAGAUUGGGAGAAAAAACAUGAAGAAGUUCAAGAGAUUUUGGUCACAAAGAACAGGCUAGUGGAGGAUCUCACAGAAGACCUCAGAGCCUUGAAGGCACAACUGGAAGUUCAAUUCAGUCGAAGCCAAAGAAUUGAGCAGCAGAGAAACGAAGCCCUCAGUAAUGCAGAGAAGCAGGCACAGGCUCUCCAAACAUACAAGGCAGACAUGACCCAGAAGCUCAAUAAAUUGUCAGAAAAUGACACCCUUCUGAAACACAGCCUCAUUCAGUGCGACAGGGAGAAGACGGAGGUGGAGAAGAAGAACUCCCUGCUGGAAAGGGAGAAAGCAGAGAUGCACAAGCUCAUUAGUCAGCUGAAAGAAGCCGCCGAGGCAGCGGAGGUCCUGAAGUCCGAGUGUGACUCCUUGCGCUCACAGCUGGAUGAGGCUACGCGGCAGAGCCGCGACACGGAGCACCGUCUGGCAGUGAAGGAGGCGGAGGUGCGGGAGACGGAGGCCUUGAGGAGGGAGAAUGCCGACCUGCGCCUCCUCACCACCUCUCUAGAGCAACACCUGGGGCAGAGCCAGAAGGAGGCCCAGCAUGGCCGUACCCAGCUGACCAGCCUGGAGACCAUCCUCAGCUUGCUGCAUCUGCGCGAGAGUGGAGGAGUGGCACUCUGUGUAAGUCCCUGUCUGUUGUCCCCUGUGUCAGCAGAUGACGUCCCCAAGCUCCAACCAGGCGAGCAGUACCAGAGGCUGCUGCCGGUGCUGCGUAUGUUGGAGCAGGAGCGGGCGCGGCAGACCCAGCUGACCCAGGGCCUGCAGGAGCGUCUGGCCACGUCCCAGGAGGAGGCGUCCUCCCUGAAGGCCAGCCUGGCCCAGAGGGAGCAGCUCCUCCAGCAGCUCCAGAGCCAGCUGCAGCAGAGGCUCUCUGAGCUGGCCCAGCUUGAGAGGGAGCUGAAAAAGAAGAACGCCCGUCUGGCUGCCUCAGAGAAACAGCUGGAGGAGAAGACCUCGGCCAUCUCCCACGCUUUAGAUCACAGCUUAGAGCUGGAGCACAGCCUGGUGGAGAAGUCCAGUAGUGUCCAGCUGUUACGCAGCACUCUGGACACGGAGAAGAAGGACUACCAGACAGCCCUGGAGGAGGCCCAGAGGUUUCACGCUGACCAGCGCAAGAUCCUGGAGGACCAGAUCAAAAGGCUGCAGCUGUCUGUGGAGCAGAAGGGUGCUCAGGUGGCAGAGCUGGAGAGAGAUCUGUCGUCGGCCCAGCAGGACAGGCAGGAGGCCCUGACCAGGACCAGCAACCUCCAGACCUCCCUCUCCCGCAUCAGCCGGGAAUUGGAGGCCAGUAGCCAGUGUCAGCAAGAAGUGAGGAGCCUGGAAGAGCAGGCCGCAGAGUAUUACAGCAGGGUGAAAGCUCUGGAGACAGCCCUGUCGUCCUGUCAGGAGGAGCUGACCAGAUGCCUGCAGCAGAUGGAAAAAGCCAAGAGCCACUUUGAGGAGCGUCUGGACGCCAAGAGCAGAGAGGUGGAGUCUCUGCAGGCAGAGCUGGAGCGCAGCACCAGGGCCUUUGAGAGCUCCAGCCAGAUGAGUCGGCAGCUGCAGCACACGGUCCAGCAGCUAGAAGCCAGGCUGAAGGACAGCUCCACACGCCUCACGCACAUGGACGACAACCACGCGGCUCUCCACAGACAGGUAGAGAAGCUGGAGCGUGAGCUGGAGAGGGUGAAAGUGUCGGCUGCUGAGGAGAUGAGGAGGAGAGAGCAGGAGCUGCAGCAGGUCUGUGAGCAGGCAGAGAGAUGGGGGAGAGAGGCCGCCCACCUCUCCACCUCUGUCACGCAGCUGACGACGGACAUGAGUAAGACGCGCGGCGAGCUGAGCGAGCGGGAGAAGGAGCUGCUGCUGAUCCGGAGGGCCAGCGGCGCCCAGGCCUCCCAGCUGGCCCACAUGGAGAAGAUGCUCAACCAGACCAAAGGCAUGCUGGACAAGAAGACCGAGAUGGUGCAAGAUCUGGAGGAGAAGGUGCAGCGCAGCAAGCGUGACCGGCGCAACUCUCUGCACCGCACGCAGCUGCUGGAGACUCAGAUGAAGACGGUCCGCGGCGAGCUGGUGGACACGCUGGAUCACCUGCAGGAGCUGCGCAACGUGCUGCGCCGCUCACAGCAGCAGGCCGAGGAGCGCAAGGCCGCCAUGGAGAAGCUGGCCACGGGGCUCAGGGAAACACAACAGGAGUUGGAACAGAGAAAUGAGGAGGUUAAGGACAAGGACACACUACUGAAAGACAAACAGCAUGAGCUCCAGCAGAAAGCCUUGCAGCUGAGCCAGUUGGAGUCUGCCGUCCAGGAGCACCGCGCUGACAUGGAGCAGAAGCUCCUCUGCCUGCAGGAGGCCACGGAGAGGUCCGAGAGAGAGCUCAGCGAACGCAACAAGCAGGUGGCGUUCCUGAGCGAGCGGUUGGAGCUGGUCAAGGCCCAGCUGCAGGGGAAGGAGACUCUGGAGGAGGAGGCCCUACUUCAGGCCCAGCAGCUGCGUGAGUGCAGGGAGCAGCUCCAGCGGGCAGCACAGGGUCUGCAGGACAUGCGCAGCCGCUGUGAAAGCCUCUCCAUGCAGCUAGAGGAGCGCCGCAUCCAGGAGGAGAAGGUCCGACUCCACUCCCUUAACACCAGCCCACACUUACACACGGUCAACAACACAGUCCUGCACAGCUCCUCUAGUCUGCAGGAGUUAGUUGUGGAUUGUUCUCACGAGAGCCAGGUGUGGCUGCUGGAGGAGGAGCUGGACAGGGCUGCGGAGCAGGCGGUCCAGACCGAGGGGAGGCUGCAGGAGGCCGUGGCCACGCUCACCCAGGAGCUGGAGGCAGUCAGGAGGCAGCACCAGGCAGAGCUGACAGCGCUGCAGGAGAGCCAGGCGGAGAUGAUGAAGGCUUCGGAGUGUGUGUCCAGCACGCUGCGCCACUCCCAGGAGCUCCUGAGCCAGGAGCUGCAGCAAACACGGGCCCAACUAGACGAGGCCCAGCACAACGCCGCCGCCCUGCUGGCCGAGCUGGGUACCCGCGAGCACCUCCUGCACAGCACCAGCGAGGCUCUGCUCCUCAAGGAGUCAGAGGUCACCCGGCUGAAGACUAAGAUCUCCAGCAUGGAGCGCGGGGCCGAGCUUAGGAGUCUCUCACAGAGCGUGGGGCUCCCCCUUCCAGAGAGAGGGGCCCACACCCCAGCCCCCAGGCCCUGGGCAACGGACAGGGACGACAGCACCGGGGGUCUGCCCUUCAGCACACGGGCCGGUGAGCAGACCCAUCUGAGCCCCAGACGACUGACCGAAAACAAAGCAGACAAGGCACAAGGCAGCCCCCGGGAUGGCUUGCUCAGGAUGAGCCUGUUCACUGGACACGGGACACCUUAAAGUAUCCACGUGAGUGGAAAACACACGGCUCUCCUGCUCUACAUUUUAGGUCUGAACUGCACCCAAAUUUUCUGUUUUUUUUCUGUCGUAUUUCCUGAGAAAUUGUAGUGGAAGAGCCUCAAAUUGCUUUAGAGGUGGUGCUUCAGAGCGUAUCUAUCAACUAUUCAGGCCUUGAAUGAAAAGGAUUUGGAUCAUUGCCAGAUCUCCAUAGUAACUUUUGUAAGCAUUGAAAAAACAGAUAAUUUACAAUAAAUAACUGAA